UUUCUCCCUCUCAGAACCUUCCUGCCGCCGAGUUCGGACCUCGCUGCUCCAGCCUCUGGGCCCCGUCCCAUCCUUCCAGCCUGCGACCAGCAGCAGAGAAAAACUAAUUACGUAUCAUUUUCUUGCCCCGUACACACUUGUGAGGCGAGCAAAAAGAUUACAAUAAAUUUUAAAAAUGAGGGAAAUCGUGCACAUCCAGGCCGGUCAGUGUGGCAAUCAGAUCGGUGCCAAGUUCUGGGAGGUGAUCAGUGAUGAACAUGGCAUCGACCCCACCGGCACCUAUCAUGGGGAUAGCGACCUGCAGCUGGACCGCAUCUCCGUGUACUACAAUGAAGCCACAGGUGGCAAAUAUGUUCCUCGUGCUAUCUUGGUGGAUCUAGAACCCGGGACCAUGGACUCUGUUCGCUCAGGGCCUUUUGGUCAGAUCUUCAGACCAGACAACUUUGUUUUUGGUCAGUCUGGGGCAGGCAACAACUGGGCCAAGGGCCACUAUACAGAGGGGGCCGAGCUGGUCGACUCGGUCCUAGAUGUGGUUCGGAAGGAGGCCGAGAGCUGUGACUGCCUGCAGGGCUUCCAGCUGACCCACUCGCUGGGCGGGGGCACGGGCUCUGGAAUGGGCACCUUGCUCAUCAGCAAGAUCCGUGAAGAGUAUCCUGACCGCAUCAUGAACACCUUCAGUGUGGUGCCCUCACCCAAAGUGUCCGACACCGUGGUGGAGCCCUACAAUGCCACCCUGUCCGUCCAUCAGCUGGUGGAGAACACUGAUGAGACCUACUGCAUUGACAACGAGGCCCUUUACGACAUCUGCUUCCGCACCCUCAAGCUGACCACGCCAACCUACGGGGACCUGAACCACCUCGUCUCGGCCACCAUGAGUGGUGUCACCACCUGCCUCCGCUUCCCUGGCCAGCUCAAUGCUGACCUCCGCAAGCUGGCAGUCAACAUGGUGCCCUUCCCACGUCUCCACUUUUUCAUGCCUGGCUUUGCUCCUCUAACCAGCCGUGGAAGCCAGCAGUAUCGGGCCCUCACUGUGCCGGAGCUCACCCAGCAGGUCUUCGAUGCCAAGAACAUGAUGGCUGCCUGUGACCCCCGCCAUGGCCGGUACCUCACCGUGGCUGCUGUCUUCCGUGGGCGGAUGUCCAUGAAGGAGGUCGAUGAGCAGAUGCUCAACGUGCAGAACAAGAACAGCAGCUACUUCGUGGAAUGGAUCCCCAACAAUGUCAAGACGGCCGUCUGCGACAUCCCACCCCGUGGCCUCAAGAUGGCGGUCACCUUCAUUGGAAACAGCACAGCCAUCCAGGAGCUGUUCAAGCGCAUCUCAGAGCAAUUCACUGCCAUGUUCCGCCGGAAGGCCUUCCUCCACUGGUACACAGGUGAGGGCAUGGACGAGAUGGAGUUCACCGAGGCUGAGAGCAACAUGAACGACCUCGUCUCCGAGUACCAGCAGUACCAGGAUGCCACCGCAGAAGAGGAGGAGGAUUUCGGUGAGGAGGCCGAAGAGGAAGCCUAAGGCCGAGUGCCCACCACCUCAGGCUUCUCAGUCCCCUCUGCCUUCUUCCUCAGCCGCCCCUUUCCUCUCCCUCAGAAUUUGCGUUUUCUGCCUUUUUUUUUCUUUUUUGGGGGGGGUUCUAGAACAGUGCCUGGCACAUAAUAGGCGCUCAAUAAAUAUCUGUUGUUUGUUGAA